AGCACUGCUUCUGUAUGAAUCACACUGAAAUUCUACACACCAGUUACACUCUCUGUCUCUGAUAAUGGCCAUGGAAGCUUCUAUGCGCCUCUUGUUUCUCUCUUUUCUCACUAUCUCCUGUUCAGGAGCUUUGGUUGGUUUCUCCUAUCGUGAGAGAGGAGACACUUCAACAACUGCGAGAACCAUAUCAUUCCUUCAACAAAGCAAGGUUUCCCCAUCUCAGAUUCGAGUUUUUGUAUCAGAUCACAGGAUCUUGUGCACUCUGACCAACUCCAACGUGUCAAUUGAUUUCUACUUAAACAAAAACCAAGUUGAAAAUUUCAUUACUUCAAAACCUUCUGGAAUUUCGGUUCUAAAAGCUCAUCUACUGAACUUCAAAAGCAUCAUUGUAAGCUGUGACAAUGAGUGCUCAGCCCAAAAUGAGAUGCCUUUGCUUCUACGUACUCUGAAAUCGAUUCAUUCAGUUCUCAGCAAUUUUCACAUGGGCAACAAAGUAAAAGUGUCAGUAGCAUUUCCACUUUCAUUCUUACAAAAGUUGAAUGCAUCACAUGAAAACGAUAUUCGUAGGAUUGUUUCGUUUAUAAAGGAAAUAAAAUCCUUUGUCAUGAUAGAAGAUAGCAUUGAUGGAGAAUUAAGCAUGGGGGAUCACUUUGUUCAGUCUAUUAUCAAGAAAGCUGCUCUUGCUGCUUCUAUUCUUCCUUGCAAAGAUGUUCCCAUGGUUGUGACAAUCAAGAGCCUAGUUAUCCCCAGUUCAAUGGAAGUAGCUCAAUUUAGUGAGAGGGUGUCCAAAUAUCUAGAAACAAGAACUCAUAUUACUAGAAGAAUAGUUGCAUUAUAUGCAGAAGUACAUACACCAGAAGAUUUUGCACAACUCAAAAGGGAAGAGGAAGAAUUGUUUCAUGUGUCCCGCAGAGAGAUCCUGAGCAAAUUUCACAAAAGAAGAACUCUAGAUGACACAACCAGCCCACCAAACACAGUUUUCCCUACAAAUCCAACUUCAGCUACACCAGUCAUCACACCCCCAGAUACACCAACCAUCAUCACAGUUCCUUCCACCAAUCCUGUCACAAUUUCUCCCAACAAUCCAUCUGCAAUGCCUGUAGCAGUUCCUGCUACCACCACACCUGUGCCUUUACCUCCCACAAAUCCUGCUAAUCCAACCACACCAGUCACCAAUCCAACACAACAACCAGUAACCAAUCCUGUGACAUCUUAUCCACCUCCAUCAGGAAGUGUUCCUGUCAUAAACCCUCAACCUCCUCCUGCAAACACAAAUAAUUCUCCUUCCAGUCAGGGGCAGAGUUGGUGUGUGGCAAAGACAGGAGCUCCACAAGCUUCUCUUCAAGCAGCACUGGAUUACGCUUGUGGAAUGGGCGGUGCAGAUUGUUCUCAAAUAAAUCAGGGUGGUAGUUGUUACAAUCCAUUAACUUUGCAAAACCAUGCUUCUUUUGCCUUCAACAGCUAUUAUCAAAAGAAUCCAGCGCCAACAAGUUGUGACUUUGGAGGGACUGCCACCUUAGUUAACACAAACCCAAGUAAGAUCUCAAUAGGAACAGGUUCGGGUUCUUGCAUUUUCCCAUCAUCAUCAACUCCAAUGUCAUCAUCCCCAACACCACCUACACAAUCAAUUCCAACACCACCUGCAUCAUCAAUUCCAACACCACCUGCAUCAUCAAUUCCAACACCUCCUGCAUCAUCAUCAAUUCCAACAGCACCACCAACACCACCGUCAUCUUCAGGAGCAGGCACUGUUGGCUAUGGUACCCCACCUUCAGUGUUAAAUUCAAGCAACCCAGCCUCAGGUCUAAUGCCUGGUUUUGGAUUCGAUAGCCCCCCAGUUGUAAAUACCACAUCGGACUCGCAUGCUGUAGGUCUGAAACCUUUUGUUAGCUGCAUUGUUCUGAUGAUAUCAUUUGUCACUGCAAGACUCGGUGUGCGCUUAUAGACAAACGAGUUUUCCAUUCUGAUCAUAGUAUGAGAAGCUCGAUACUGUCUCUAGCUAUAGGUUAGAAUUGUUUUGUAACAUUACAUGCAGAACACAGGUCUAUGGGUGCCUUGAAACUGUAGCUGCUACUUAUGGUUUCUAGGCUGUACAACAGACUAUGGUCAAUAUUGGUCAUGUACAUAUAUUUUGAGAGCUUUAGUUGUUUUUUUUUCUUUUCUUUUAAUUACUUUAUGGAGUAUGUAGUUCAGUGUAAAU